AUGUUUAAUCGUAAAAAAUACCUGCUGGUUUUGGUAGUAACCAUCAUUGCUACCGUCGUACAAUCUAAAAUGGUUGCUGACGCUCCGCCUGACCUUGUGAUGGAAAAAACAACAACCAAGGGUGUUGUCGGUUCUUUAACUAGUUACCUGUGGCCGUUUACUUCCGUAGCCCUGCAAUUUAUCAAUAGCAUACUAAUUCAUACAAAAAAUAUGCAAUUGCCUUGUACUAUUUACAAUUUAUCAAAGCUGGAGUACUCUUGCACUCCAUACCAUGCUAAUGUUAUUGACGACAGUGGCGCUCCUAUGGCUCGUUAA